ACACACAUUUGCGAGGUGUGGGGCGGGACCAGGAGCCGCUAUAAAGGUUGUCCAGCUGGACAGUCCCCACUUCCUGUGUCAGCGUCAGCAGGCUCCAGAGUCAUCAUGAACGACAUCUACAAAGCUGCGGUGGAGCAGCUGACAGACGAACAGAAAAAUGAGUUCAAGGCCGCCUUCGACAUCUUCGUUCAGGAUGCGGAGGACGGCUGCAUCAGCACCAAGGAGCUGGGGAAGGUGAUGAGGAUGCUGGGCCAGAACCCCACACCUGAGGAGCUGCAGGAGAUGAUCGAUGAGGUGGAUGAAGAUGGAAGUGGCACGGUGGACUUUGAUGAGUUCCUGGUGAUGAUGGUGAGGUGCAUGAAGGACGACAGCAAGGGGAAGUCCGAGGAGGAGCUGGCAGAACUCUUCCGCAUGUUUGACAAGAACGCGGACGGUUACAUCGACCUGGACGAGCUAAAGAGCAUGCUGGAGUCCACGGGAGAAGACAUCACCGAAGACGACAUCGAGGAGCUGAUGAAGGACGGGGACAGAAACAACGACGGCAAGAUCGACUACGACGAGUUCUUGGAGUUCAUGAAAGGCGUGGAGUAAUCCUCAACACCAAACCUUAUCCUUGUCUCCCCCGUCACAUGACUCGAAGCUGAUUUGAGUAAUCCUGAACACCACACCUUAUCCUGGUGUCCCUCCGUCACAUGACUGGAAGCUGACUUGAGUAAUCCUGAACACUAAACCUUAUCCUUGUCUCCCUCCAUCACAUGGCUGGAAACUCACUUGAGUACUCCUGAACACCACAUCUAAUCCUGGUCUCUCUCCGUCACAUGACUGGAAGCUGACUUGAGUAAUCCUCAACAGCAAACCUUAUCCUGGUCUCUAUCCGUCACAUGACUGGAAGCUGACUUAACUAAUCCUAAACACCAAACCUUAUCCUUCUCUCCCCCGUCACAUGACUGGAAACUGACUUGAGCAAUCCUCAACGCCAAACCUUAUCCUUGUCUUCCUCCGUCACAUGACUGGAAGCUGAUUUGAGUAAUCUUGAAUGUCAAACCUUGUCCUGGUCUUCCUCCGUCACAUGUUUGGAAGUUGACUUGAGUAAUCCUGAACACCAAACCUUAUCCAUGUCUCCGUCCGUCACGUGACUGUAAAAUGACUUGAGUAAUCAUGAACACCAAACCUUAUCCUUGCCUCCGUCCGUCACAUGACUGGAAGCUGACUUGAGUGAUCCUGAACACCACACCUUAUCCUGGUCUCCCUCUGUCACAUGACUGGAAGCUAACUUGAGUAAUCCUGAACACCAAACCUCAUCCUUGUCUCCCUCCGUCACAUGGCCGAAAGCUGAUUUGACUAAUCCAGAACUCCACACCUUAUCCUGGUCUCCCUCCAUCACAUGAUUGAAAGCUGACUUGAGUAAUCCUGAACAACACACCUUAUCCUGGUCUCCCUCUGUCACAUGACUGGAAGCUAACUUUAGUAAUCCUGAACACCAAACCUUAUCUUUGUCUCCCUCCGUUACAUGGCCAAAAGCUGAUUUGAGUAAUCCAGAACUCCACACUUUAUCCUGGUCUCCCUCCAUCACAUGAUUGGAAGCUGACUUGAGUAAUCCUGAACGCCACACCUUAUCCUGGUCUCCCUCUGUCACAUGACUGGAAGUUAACUUUAGUAAUCCUGAACACCAAACCUUAUCUUUGUCUCCCUCCGUUACAUGGCCAAAAUCUGAUUUGAGUAAUCCUGAACGCCACACCUUAUCCUGGUCUCCCUCCGUCACAUGACCGGAAGCUAAUUUGAGUAAUCCUAAACACCAAACCUUAUCCUUGUCUCCCUCCGUCACAUGACUGGUAGAUGACUUGCAUAAUCCUGAACACCACACCUAAUCCUAGUCUCCCUCUGUCACAUGACCUGGUUGAAGCUGAGAAGGACUCUGCAAGAAUGAAGGACUCUGUAAAAACUGUUUCUGAUCCGUGGUUCUUUCCUGCAUUGUUGGAAAUACAAAAUGAUGAAAGUCAAUCUUCAACUUUGUUCUCCUUUGGAGCUUCAACUUCUAGAAUCUUCACCAACAAGUUGUUGAUUUUUAUGUUGUUGUUGUUGAUGUUAUUAUUGUGUAUGUUGUUAUUGUUGAUGAUGUUAUUGUUGCUGUUGAUGUUAUUGUCGAUGUUUAUUGUUGUAAUUAAGGUUGAUGUUGUUGAUUAUGUUGUUGUUGUCGCUGUUGUUGUUAAUCUUGUUGUUGAUGUUAAUGUUAUUGUUGAUGUCAAUUUUGCUGUAGAUGUCGAUGUUGUUGAUGUUAUUGAUGUUGUUGAUGUCAAUGUUGUUGACGGCGAUGUUUUUGUUGACGUUAUUGUUGUUCUUAAUGUUGCCGUUGAUGUCGAUGUUGCUGAUGUCGAUGUUGCUGAAGUCGAUGUUGUAAUUGUGGAUGUUGUGAUUAUGUUAUUGUUAUCACUGUUGUUGUUAACCUUGGUGUUGAUGUUAAUGUUAUUGUUGGUGUCAAUUUUGCUGUAGAUGUCAAUGUUAUUGAUGUAGAUGUUGUUGUUCAUUUUAUUGAUGUUGUUGAUGUUGAUAAUGUUGCUGUUGAUGUCAAUUUUUCUGUGGAAUGUUGAUGUUGUUGUUGAUAUUAUUGAUGUCGUUGAUGUCAAUGUUGUUGAUGUUGAUAAUGUUGUUGAUGUCGAUUUUUUUGUUGACGUUAUUGUUGAUGUCAGUCUUGCUGUUGAUGUCGAUGUUGCUGAAGUCAAUGUUGUAAUUGUGGAUGUUGUUGAUUAUUUUAUUGUUGUCACUGUUGUUAUUAAUCUUGUUGUUGAUGUUAAUGUUAUUGUUGAUGUCAAUUUUGCUGUAGAUGUCAAUGUUGUUGUUGUCAUUGAUGUUGUUAAUGUUAAUGUUGUUGAUUUUAAUGUUAUUGUUGGUGUCAAUUUUGCUGUAGAUGUUGUUGAUGUUAUUGAUGUCAAUGUUGUUGAUAUUGAUAACGUUGUUGAUGUCGAUGUUUUUGUUGACAUAAUUGUCGAUGUCAAUGUUGCUGUUGAUGUCGAUGUAAUUGCUGAUGUCGAUGUUGUAAUUGUUGAGGUUGUUGAUUGUUAUUGUUGUCAAUCUUGUUGUUGAUGUUAAUGUUAUUGUUGAUGUCAAUUUUGCUGUAGAUGUUGAUGUUGUUGAUAUUGUUGAUGUCAAUGUUGUUGAUGUUGAUAAUGUUGUUGAUGUCGAUGUUUUUGUUAUUGUUGAUGUCAAUGUUGCUGUUGAUGUUGAUGUCAAUGUUGUUGAUGUUGAUAAUGUUGUUGAUGUCAAUGUUUUUGUUAUUGUUGAUGUCAAUGUUGCUGUUGUUGUUGUUAAUGUCGAUUAUAAUGUUGUUAAUGUCGAUGUUGUUGUUGAUGUUAUUGGUGUCAAUGUUGUUGUUGAUGUUUUUAUUGUUGAUGCUGAUGUUGUUGUUGUGGUGGUGGUUAUUGUUUUGUUGUCGACAAAGCACAAUCAGCCCUAAAUCAAACCUGUGUCAUUGAUGUUGUUUUGAUUUUUACAAACAUUUUGGGAUGUUUGAUAAACACUCAGGACUUUUUCUUCUCAUAAAAGAUGCGCGUGUGCUCAGAUUGUCUUCUCAAGAAAUAAACACUUUUUUGGAGUAGUUAA